UUAAAGCUUUCUUAACAAAAAAGAUAGAAUCUAAACCUGAAAAGGCUAGAUUACUAAGAUGGCAAGCAGAAUGCCAAUAUUAUGAAUUUGAUAUUGUCAUUUUGAAAUCUGAUGAUAAUGUUCUUGCAGAUUUCCUAACAAGGGAUGGAGCCAACUGAGGUUGACUCUAUCAUGGAGAACCAGAGGCAGCUCCUGGACAACCUGAAGAUACUACAAAAAGAAUGGCAAGAGUGCUUACUCCAUGCCAAACAAGCGGGAAGGAUACAAACGGAUGAUGAAUCCAAAGUGUCUAACCGUAUACGAGAAUGUAUCAAGAAGAUGUUAAAUCUUAAUGAUGCAACCCACAAGCCGCUCCUGCGCGGGAUCAUGGCUCCCAUGAUCAAAGCAGGCAUUACCGUACAAGCCGGAUUACCUGUAGCAGGGGAUUCAAAUACCCCUAGCACAAGUUCUGAGGCUAAGGUGUCAAAACCGGAUCCUCAAGAAGAAGAUGUUGCUAAGGCUUCACCGCCCAAACCAACAUGUCAACCCUCCACCUCUGGGGUAAAAGAGGGAGAGAUCAGUCUUAGGCCGUUGACAGGCAAAUCUAAGAUUGAUACUAAUAUUAUUGAAAUUUCUCCUGUAUGGCAGAUGUAUCAGUCCAGGUGGGAGAAAAUCAAUACCAGAAAGGGACUUAAUCCGAGUUAUUGCCGGGUUGAUGUUGCGGGAAAAUAUCCUCGCAUCUGGAUGACCACCGGAGCCAAUCCUCAGGAGGUCAAAGAAUGGUAUGAAUUCGGGGCAUUAGCCUCAGUUUAUACUACAUCGCCAACAUUUAACGAGAUCAAGGGUCUACUUAGGUGGAUCCAAGAGACGGUUUAUGAUGCUUGGGCGAACAACAAGUCCCUUAACCGGGGAGAUGUCUUGGAGCUAUACUUUCUCAGUGCAGCCCCAGAACCAGCAGGCAAGGGGAAUCAUGAAGCUUUCCAUUUUAUUAAGCUUCGGAGACCGGACACGGAGGCCUUGAACCGAAUUAAGGCACCAAAUCAUGAAGUUUCCAUUGUCACAACUUUUACGGAGGAACAAAUCUCCACCAGACGUGCAUGGGGACUAUGGGUCUGUCUCACAGAGAUGGACAAAGUAAAGUACCAAUUCAAGUUCUCUCAUAAUGCAGGACUUGGAUCUUUCCUGUUGAAUUCCAUGACGGGAAAAACUACAAGCUUCGCGGAGAAGGCUUUCGAAGAAAAAAUGCAGACUCUCUGGCGAAACAAGGUGGCGGAAAGCAAAGAAACUCGUCACAAGUUCUGUAAUAUGGCUCAUUUGGGCUAUUGGAUAGAUCACAUCUGCACGGAGUGUCCGACACAGAAGGAACCGGAAUUCGGUAAAGGCUUCUUUCCAAAGCCUAACAAGAAGAAGUUCCGGUCCGACGAGCAUGAGGAGCACCAGACUCCACGUGGACGAGCACCUCGGGCACCAAAAAAGUAAAAAGCCCGACAAAGAAAAGGGAGUCAUGUGACUCAGGACAGGAGGACCACCCACUAAAAGAAAAACGACGAAAGUGGGGUGGAAAAUAAUGCAGGCCAACU